GAAAGUCUAUUGUAUGGUCUGAAACAAAUGUGUGUUGCUGCUGCUGCCUACUCCAAGAUAGGAAUCGGAUUCGGACUCGGAAUCGGAUCUCCUACUACUGUGUCGACUCAGCGAGUCAGACUCACAGCCAUGUCCACCACCACCACCACUGCUUCAACUCCUCCUGCUUCCGCUGCACACAUCCACAGCCUAUUCCUCCUCAACUCCUUCUCCACUCGCCCACGCGCUCUCCGCUUCCUCUCUCACCGUACUCGCCCACGCGCUCUCCUCCAAGUCCGUGCCUCUUCCUCAUCUACCUCUCCAGCAAAAAACAUCGAGAAUGUGGUUAUUAUUGGUUCAGGUCCUGCAGGAUACACAGCAGCAAUAUAUUCAGCUCGGGCUAAUUUGAAGCCUCUAGUGUUUGAGGGAUAUCAAGUGGGUGGUGUUCCUGGGGGACAGUUGAUGACUACCACUGAAGUCGAGAAUUUUCCUGGGUUUCCAGAUGGAAUAACGGGUCCAGAUUUGAUGGACAAGAUGAGACGGCAAGCAGAGCGUUGGGGAGCAGAGUUGUUCCAAGAAGAUGUGGAAUCUAUUGAUGUAAAAAGUCGUCCUUUUACUGUGCAAAGUAGUGAACGUAAGGUUAAGUGCCACAGUGUCAUUUUUGCCACAGGAGCUACCGCUAAAAGGCUCGGGUUACCCCGUGAAGAUGAAUUUUGGAGUAGGGGAAUUAGUGCUUGUGCGAUUUGUGAUGGAGCAUCACCAUUGUUUAAGGGCCAAGUUCUUGCUGUUGUUGGUGGAGGAGAUACAGCUACUGAGGAAGCAAUUUACCUAACUAAAUAUGCUCGUCACGUUCAUUUACUUGUACGUAGAGACCAACUAAAGGCUUCCAAAGCAAUGCAAGAUAGAGUGUACAACAAUCCCAAUAUCACCGUGCACUUCAAUACAGAGACCAUGGAUAUUGUUAGCAAUACAAAAGGCCAGAUGUCUGGAAUUUUACUUCGAAAAGCUGAUACUGGGGAGGAAUCUGUGCUUGAGGCCAAGGGGUUAUUUUAUGGUAUAGGUCAUUCACCGAAUAGCCAGUUGUUGGAAGGCCAAGUUGAGCUUGACAGAUCUGGGUACGUGUUAGUUGAAGAGGGUACUGCAAAUACUUCAGUUGAAGGUGUAUUUGCUGCUGGAGAUGUACAGGACCAUGAAUGGAGGCAAGCUGUAACCGCUGCUGGAUCUGGAUGCGUUGCUGCUUUAUCAGUUGAGAGAUAUCUUGUGAGCAAAGAUCUCCUUAUUGAGUUUCACCAGCCCCAAACUGAAGAGGUUAAGAAGGAACUUACUGAUAGGGAUGUCCAAGCAGGCUUUGACAUUACACUUACAAAGCAUAAGGGCCAGUAUGCAUUAAGAAAAUUGUACCAUGAAAGUCCAAGGCUUAUAUGUGUACUAUAUACUGCACCAACCUGUGGUCCAUGCAGGACUUUGAAGCCAAUUCUUAGUAAGGUGAUAGACGAAUUUGAUCAGAAUGUUCAUUUUGUUGAAAUUGAUAUUGAGGAAGAUCCAGAGAUAGCAGAAGCAGCUGGAAUUAUGGGUACACCAUGUGUGCAGUUUUUUAAAAAUAAGGAAAUGAUCAGGACUGUGUCAGGGGUGAAAAUGAAGAGAGAGUACAAAGAAUUCAUUGAAGAAAAUAAAUGAGAGAAUUUCAAAUUGGGUGAUGCCCUCAUUUCGUGAUCCAAUUUUGUUCCUUCUAAAGAAUCUAGUUGAAUAAUGCCUUCAAUUUUUUCAGUUGUAUCUCAUAUUGAUCAACUACACUGUAAAUUAUACAAGCAGAGCAACCAAUGCAUUGGUUACGAGUUUUGAAUCUCUUUCUUUUGAAUUUCAAUGAUUUUGUAAAGCUUUGAAUUUUGUUCUCA